CCGUACUGAACGCUCAUAUUGUCGGCCACGUCGUGCUGCUCUCGCCAUCUUUCAAUCGGGAAAAGCCGUCUUUAUUGCGCUGUUUGGGGGAACCUCAGCACUCUGAAGUAUCGGACAGCCUGUCCUCCUGAUACAUUUCAUUCACCCAUUCAUAAGCUCUAAGGAAACAUGAACAUUUUCAGACUGACGGGGGAUCUCUCCCAUUUAGCAGCCAUCAUCAUCCUGCUGAUGAAAAUAUGGAAAACCAGGUCGUGUGCAGGUAUAUCUGGAAAAAGUCAGAUUCUGUUUGCCUUUGUGUUCACCACUCGUUACCUGGACCUUCUCACCUCCUUCAUUUCCUUGUACAAUUCCACCAUGAAGAUCAUCUACAUUGCAUGUGCCUAUGCCACAGUGUAUCUGAUCUACGUUAAGUUCAAGGCCACAUAUGAUGGCAACCACGACACUUUCAGGGUGGAAUUUCUGGUUGUCCCAGUUGGUGGCCUGGCAUUUCUCGUCAACCACGACUUCUCUCCAUUGGAGAUCCUGUGGACCUUUUCAAUCUAUUUGGAGUCAGUGUCCAUCCUCCCUCAGCUUUUUAUGAUCAGCAAGACGGGAGAAGCCGAAACCAUCACCACACACUACUUGUUCUUCCUCGGCCUCUACCGUGCCCUCUAUCUCAUUAACUGGAUAUGGCGCUUCUACAUUGAGGGUUUCUUUGACAUGAUCGCUAUCGUGGCAGGCAUCGUUCAGACAAUCCUUUACUGUGAUUUCUUUUAUCUAUAUGUAACAAAAGUGCUGAAAGGUAAGAAGCUGAGUCUGCCAGCUUAAGUGCCAAAGAGAGAGUCCUGGAAGUUCAUGGAUGGGCUCAGGACACCACGGCCACAGAGGACGAGUAAGAUGCCUGAGACAGAGUGCGAAAGAGAUCCAUUCCUGUUCAUCUCGAGCCCUCGUUCACAUCAAGUGCUCUGGGACAGCUCUGGAUUACAGCAGUGGCAGUACCACAGCUUCUCCAGUCUUCGGAUUCCUGUUUUACGCAUCUUGUCUUACCCUUUUUUAUUCUGUAUAAAGCAAAGAGUUAGAAAAAAUGUUUUCUACAUGAAAUGUGUAAUAUGAUUUGUCUGGCAGCAUCAUAAUGGAGCUGAAAAAAAUGCCUUGAAUGGGACUGAUUCUUAUGAUGAAUAUUAGUUAUGUUUGUAAGAGUUUUUUCAAUCUGAUUAAAUGUACAUGUGUUUACAAAAUGA